AUGGAUUCAAAGUUGGUAGUCGGCCACGUCAACGGAACUUAUCAGGUUAAGGAUAAUCGUUUGCUGCGCUACUUCCACAAAGCUCAAACCCUGCUUCAAAACUUCACCGAGGUUAGCGUCGUCCAUGUACCCAGGGAGCAAAACGCAAGAGCAGAUUUCUUGUCUAAGUUAACUCACUCUAAGGAGAGAGCUCAUUUAUCUUCAAUCAUCAAGAUGACUCUCGACCAUCCAGUCGUGGAAUCUUUCGUCACCGAUGUGUCAACACCCAUUACAGACUGGCGACAGAAGAUCAAGGAUCUCAUGGUGAAACAGGAACAAGGAGAGAGCAUUACUCCGACUGAGUCAAAACGCAUUGCACGUUUCCUGUGCAUAGGCGACGACCUAUACCGUCGCGGCCACAGUACUCCUCUAUUGAAGUGUAUAUCAGAAGAUGAAGCUGACUACGUCUUGCGCGAGCUGCACACCGGGAUAUGCGAAUUUCAUUCGGGCAAGCGGACACUCAGAGCACGAGGGCUCCGCGCCGGAUAUUACUGGCCCACGCUCGACCAAGAUUGUGAGACGUUCGUCAAGAAGUGUAUCUCCUGUCAAGCUCAUGGUCACGACAUCCACGCCCCUCCCGAAGACUUGCAUGAAGUCGAACCGCUGUCCGUCAUCAGUGCUCAGCGUGUGCAGAAGUUCAUCUGGCGCUUGAUUUGUCGAUUCGGUAUACCGCAGAAGAUCAUUACUGAUAACGGUCGCCAGUUCGUCGAGCGCAAACUGGAAGAAUUCCUCAGCAAUUUGGGCAUCAAACAUGUCACCUCCUCGGUCGAGCAUCCUCAAACGAACGGCCAAGCCGAGGCCGCAAACAAAGCCAUACUUACUGAAUUAAAGAAGCGACUUGGUGAAGCCAAAGGCUUGUGGGUAGAAGAACUACUAGAGGUCUUAUGGGCAUACAGGUGCACUCCACACGGAUCCACAAGGGACACACCAUUCAACUUGACUUAUGGCACUGAUGCCAUGCUCCCAGUCGAGGUCGUCGAACCCUCGUUAAGACGGAAUAUCACUAACAUGACGGUAAAUGAAGCACAGUUGCGGGCGAAUCUCGACGUUCUUCCUGAGCGUCGAGCGGUCGCUACCAUCCGUGCAGAGGCGCAAAAGCGAAUGCUAUCUCGCCGUUACAACACCAAAGUCAAACCCAGAACCUUCAAAAGCGGCGACCUGGUAUGGCGCAAAAGAGGAGAGGCUAGGAAGAAUCGAGCGCACGGCAAACUAGCUGCCAACUGGGAGGGCCCAUUCCGUAUCGUCGAGGACAUGGGAAUGGUGCAUACCGUCUCCAACUCCUCGACGGACAGCCCGUUCCUAACACCUGGAAUGCUACUCAUCUUAAAUAUUAUUAUAGUUAGCAUUCAUCUUUUGGUUGACACAUUAUUCGUUUCUGUUUCAAAUAAAAAGUAUAUUUCCUCUUUAUUAUUACUUCAUUCCAUUUAUCAUUUCUCUUAUGUCGAGUCCCAAAGCCGUUGUCGAUCGACCCAGGCACAUCCAUCUUCGAACGACUUGGAAAUAUUUCAAUUGGUAGAUGUUCUCCCAUGA